GAAACACCACCAAUCUCAUUUCCCUGUCAUUUGAAAGAGUCUAAAACACAGUCAAAAUGGCAGCUUAUAUUCUGUGACCCUUCACCAUCUUCUUCUUCCCCACACCGCCACCACCACAACCUGAAACCCAAAAAAAAAAAGAAAAAAAAAAUCAAAAAUUUCCCAUAAAUGACAACGCUCAUUACCCAAGACCCAAAACCCAAAACCCUAAAUCCCAAAACCUAAAAAAAAUUUUAAAAAAAAAAAAAAAAUUACCCAUGAAGAUUUUCUUCCUUUUUUGCCUCUUUUCAAUCUUGAUCUUCCACUCCUUCUUCCUCAGUUUCUCCAUUGAAGACGAUGUCAAAUGCUUGGAAGGCGUAAGGGAUUCACUCUCUGACCCACUUCACAAGCUCAGUUCAUGGACCUUCACUAACACUUCCGUCGCAUCAAUCUGCAAGCUUGUGGGUGUGAAUUGCUGGAACGAGAAGGAGAACCGCCUUUUCAGCCUUCAGCUACGUUCCAUGGAGCUUGCCGGAGAGCUACCGGAAUCUCUCAAGUACUGCCAGAGUCUCCAAAACUUGGAUCUUUCCGAUAAUGCCCUCACCGGUUCGAUCCCUCCCCAAAUCUGUACCUGGUUGCCUUAUCUUGUCAACCUAGAUCUCUCAAAUAACCGUCUCUCCGGUUCGAUCCCUCCAGAGAUUGUCAACUGUAAGUUCUUGAACACUUUGAUUCUGAAUGAUAACGAGUUGUCCGGUUCGAUUCCUUAUGAGCUGGGCCGGCUCGAGAGGUUGAAGAAGCUUUCCUUGGCGAACAAUGAUCUGGCGGGUUUGAUACCGUCAGAUUUGUCGAAAUAUGAGAAAGAUGUGUUUGAUGGGAACGGUGGGCUUUGCGGUGAACCGUUUGGGUCUAAAUGUGGCGGAUUAAGCAGCAAAAGCCUCGGCAUUAUCAUCGCCGCCGGUGCUACCGGUGCGGCGGGUUCUCUGAUUCUGGGUUUGGCUCUCUGGUGGUGGUUCUACGUCAGGGCCAGUAGGAAGAAGGGUGAUGGCUAUGGCGGUGCUGCUGAUGAUAAGGUUGAUGGUGGUUGGGUUGGGUUAUUGAGGUCCCACAAGCUUGUUCAGGUGUCUCUGUUUCAGAAACCCAUUGUCAAGGUCAGAUUGGCAGAUUUGUUGGUGGCCACCAACAAUUUUGAUUCCCAAAACAUUGUGAUUUCCACAAGAACUGGGGUUUCAUAUAGAGCUGUAUUGCCAGAUGGGUCUGCGCUUGGAAUCAAGCGUAUGAAUGCGUGUAAACUUGGAGAGAAGCAAUUCAGGUUGGAAAUGAAUAGGUUGGGGCAGCUUAGGCAUCCCAAUUUGGUGCCUUUAUUGGGUUUAUGUGUUGUUGAGGAAGAGAAGCUUUUGGUGUACAAGCACAUGUAUAAUGGGACAUUGUAUUCUCAGUUGCAUGGAAGUGGUAAUGCAAAUAGUCAGUAUGCUUUCUUGGAUUGGCCUACUCGGCUCAGGAUUGGUGUUGGUGCAGCUAGAGGGCUUGCUUGGCUUCACCAUUCCUGUCAACCACCUUAUAUGCAUCAGAACAUUAGUUCCAAUGUCAUACUUCUUGAUUAUGAUUUCGAAGCUCGGAUUACAGAUUUCGGUCUGGCAAGGCUCAUGCCCUCUCGAGAUUCUAAUGAUAGCUCGUUUGUUAAUGGGGAUUUAGGGGAAUUUGGUUAUGUUGCUCCAGAGUACUCGAGCACGAUGGUGGCAUCGCUCAAAGGAGAUGUUUAUGGUUUUGGGGUUGUGCUUUUGGAAUUAGUAACUGGGCAGAAGCCCCUGGAGAUCAGUAAUGCAGGAGAAGGAUUCAAGGGCAAUUUGGUGGAUUGGGUCAGUCACUUAUCGAAUGCUGGUCGACUUGUAGAUGCCAUAGAUAAUGUUCUAUCAGGGAAAGGUCAUGAUGAUGAAAUUAUGCAAUUUAUGAGGGUUGCUUGUACUUGUGUGGUCUCUAGACCUAAAGAUAGACCUUCCAUGUACCAAGUCUAUCAAUCUUUAAAGAGCUUGGGUGAAAAACAUAGUUUCUCUGAGCAGUAUGAUGAAUUCCCUUUACAGGAUGUUGAUUACAAGGAGUAGCCGAAGAGGAAGAGAUUGAUAAGUACACCAAUUGUCAACACAUUCAAGUAGGGCUUAUAUCAAGCAUUUUCCAUAAAUUGUUAUUGUUUCCACUUGAGCAUGAUUUGCUGUUCCACUGCUCCUGUAUAAUUCAAGAAGCAUGGUGAAUUACAUAACCCUUAUGUAGUCGAGGAAAUUUCAGGUUUACCGCUUGGAAAUAGGUUGUUUCCAAAACUCCGUUUGUAAUGUGGCAUUCUGUUCUUUCUAGAUAGUUUACCAAUAUGCACUUGAAGUUAUGCCAGUUGGUGUCACUGAAAGCAAGACCAUUUUUCUGAUUAUGUUGCUUUCAUCAGUACAAAAAAGAUUUCCCUGUUGUGUUAAA